CCUAGUAUGUUGUAUGUAUAUAUCCGUCUUGUGUCUUAUCUUUCCAUUCCAACAAUAAUUAACAGAAAAAUAUGGCAUAUUUUAGAGCUGGUUUGAAUUGCGAUUAAUUACGAUUAAUUAAUUUUCAAGCUGAGAUUAACUCGAGUAAAAAUUUAAAUCGUUUGACAGCCUUAAAAUAUACUGAAUUCUAAAUUAUUUAAUCGUAAUUGCAUCGUUUUGGAAUGAAUCAUUACCUAUCAACCUCUGUGAUGCAGAUGCCUAAAAAAAGUGUCUACAUUUAAUGAAUGAAUCUAUUGAUGGAAGCAAUUGCGUAGCAGCAACUAGGUUGUGUUUAUGAAUCUCAACUCAGGCCUCAGAAAUUGAUGGAUGCAAUAAUAGGUUAUUAGUAUACUGUACCCAACACUGUGGCCGUGCAGCAUCCUCAGUUGUUUGUGUGUGUGUAUCCCUCAGAGUGAUUAAAGCGAGUGGGCGGCAGCAGCAACUGGUCUGCCUGUGUGGCUCUGCAUAGCAGACAUGUUUCUCACUGCUAGAUAUUACUCAUUUCCUCAGUCAUUUGCACACACAUACACGAACGUACACGCACACACCACUUGACACGCACAACAGAGACGAACAAGGCUCUGUUAUUUUCCUUGAUUUUGCUGGCUCGCUUGUAUCAUUUCACACACAGAGAUCAUAAGGUGGGUAGAUGUACACGUAGCUGUUGAGAUAUGCAGGUGUUGAAAGUGGCAGAGUAGCACAGUGAGGUGCUGAAGAGUGGGUUGACCCUCUGGGACAUUUGGGAUAUGAAUGGCAUGCUACGUGGGGAUGGCUGCUCAACCUGCUCUAAGGUGAGUGUCUUCAAUCCCGAAAAAUCCACAGUCAUCUAACAGCGAUGCUGUGCCACAGCCCUCCCCUCUGUAUGUGCCCCUCAUUCUCCCGUGAGGCCCAUGUGACCUAGCUUACGCCCACACAUAGGGGGCACCCACUGCCGCUGGAGCCCACCCAUGAAUCCCAGCCCUGACCGCGGCAAAGAGUGCCUCCCUCCCAAGAAGAGGGACUCUCGGCAAGGGUCGUCCGAACCCUACCUUCCUCCUCCUGAUGAAUUUAAACCCCCUGUGCCGUUUCGGAAUAGAUCCAACACAGGGCGAGGGGAGAGCAGCAAGGAGGUUGAGGAAAGGGCUCAAACGACUACCCCAAACCCCCAUCUUCGACACACACCUCCACCCAUACCUGCUCCUGCGCCUCUGCCCCUGCCAUGGCCCUUGAGCUACCCUUCCUCGGUGUCCCUUCCACUCUUUCAAGGGCAUGUUGUGGAAAGGAGGGGCUCUGGCUCUCCUGCCUGGAGAGAUGACCCCCUUUUAACACCACUGUCUCACCACUCCAGGUGGCUUCGAGCUGAAGGCCCCAUUUCCUCCCCACCCUCCUUUAAGACUCCCUUCCCAGCUGAUUCAAGAGAGAUGUGGUCUUAUAUGAACAGCGGACGACGAGAUUACAGCACCUCUCUCUUUUCCCCGUCCUACUUGUUUGGCCAUACCUCUCUCUAUUCUCAAGAGCCAAGUUUAGUCGAAGCCAGAAACAGAUACCUGAGCAAGAGGCCCAACGGACUGGAUGGACCGGGCAGCAGGACUGUCUCUACCUCUAGGCCUUUGCUCACAGGGGAUUACAGAAAUGAUAGUUUCAGAACUAGACUUGACUUAAGUCCACAUAGCUCCCAUACCAAUGGUGGACGGAGACAGCAGGAAGAUCAAUCACCUCAUGCGCAAUCCCGGGGCCCAUUUUUUUCAGACUCUAAAGCUCAGGAGGGCCAUGAGCAACAUUCCUCACUGCAGGACAGACAUCGGCAAACAAUACUGACCAGCCCCCAUCCUCUGGGGCAAGACCCCAGAGUAGGUAGAGAGGGAUUAUUGGAUGCUGGAAUGGGCCCAGCACCUGAAGCUCAUAUCUACUACUCUUUGGGACAUGUCUGCCAGCCGAGCCCUCAGACCUCCCAGUCUUACCCAGCCUACAGUCCCUCAGGAACACCACUGUAUAACUUGCAAGUAGAGCCAGGCCCAAAGAAGCACAAUCAAAGGAGCUCCCCGAACUCACCACUGGGUCCAUUGAACAGCCAUGACAGGUCCCAAAAAGGCCAUAACAGAAACCAAGACAAAGACAGAGAAAAGACUCCGCAUAGAGACAGGGAUCGAGAACGAGACAAAGAGAAGCACCUGAAACAUAACAGGGAUCAUGUUGAAACCUCACCCUCUGCCCUUAAUCCAUCUCCCCCUGCGCUCCUACCUCACUUCACCAAGGGUUCGCUCAUUGAGCUGGCCAGUGGGCAAUUGAAACAAGUCGAGGAGUUGCAGACAGAGGAUUUCUUGAGGAGUGCUGAUACAUCCCCAGAGUUCCAUCUGAGCACCUGCACAGUGUUACUCAUUUCUCCUAGCAGUUCACAGGGAGUCAGCCAUCUGCAGGUCCACCUAACAGACCGCAACACUCAGGAGUUACUGAAGGUCUUGGUGGAGUAUCCUUUCUUCGUCCAGGACCAAGGCUGGUCUUCUUGCUGCCCUCGGAGAACAACACAAGUCUAUGGCCUUCCCUGCCGCCAGCUUACAGAGGGAGAUGUCUGCCUUGCUCUCACCCCAACACCGAAGCAACUCCACCGGACACAUGUGCGUUCCUCCUCCAGGGUCCAACGCAUACAACACCUUUCCAGGGUUGCAACAGGAGGACCGAGCAGCUCACACAGGGAGAAAAUGCCACCUCCUCCGCCACCUCCCCCUCUUCCCCAACAUCCGCCUCCAACCGGGCCGCCGCACACUCCGACUGCAAAACCUCAGACUCAGGAGCUUGGGCGCCCUCGGAAACGGCGGUGGUCAGCCCCUGAUGUCUUUCCCUCAACAGGAACUGAUGAAAGCCUCUCGGAUUUACCUCAAGGCUCCAAGCUGAUGAAGUGGCAGUAAAAACUUGCACAUGUUCACCAACAGUAAGCCCAUGUAUAUGCGCCAUGUCAAUGUUGCUCCCACUAGGGUUGCAGGUAUUGAAAAAUAGAACAAUCAAAAAUCACGGGUGUUCACACUGGUACCCUAAGGCUUAAAAAUGUCUACUUGUUGCACCCCUUGGCGUCCCUUUUUUUUUUUGUUUGUUUUCCUUUCUUUUGCAAAGUGAAAGGAGCAGCCAUUGAAAGAUGUCUUGGUAGCUCCUUGCAGACACACUGAAGACAUUAGUGAGACAAUCAAGCAUUCAUUUGUGUUAUGUAAUAGUCAUCCCAUAAACAUAUUUACCAAGAAUUUGUCCAGCAGGGUAUCAGUUUGCUCCGAAAGUAAGCGCUAUUCAAACAUUGCAGAUAUAUACAUAUAUAUUUAAAAAAUGAACAAAAAGUUACUAAAUAUCUUACAUGUGUACAGUGAGUAUGCUAAGCAUAUAUAAUGCAAAUUUUGUCCUGAUAUUUUGCGUUUUUUUCUUGCUUCUCAACCAUUGUGUACGCGUCGGUCUAGGCAGGCAAGACGAAUGUAAGAGCAUAAGCGACUCUUUGCCUUCUUUGAAUCUUAUCACCUUCAACGAGUUGUUUGUCAAAGCAUUACUCUUCAAUAUGUUCUUAACAUUAUCUCUGGGAGAGAUGGGAGAACACUAAUGAAAGCUGCGUAUCAGACAAUCAUGUCCACACGGACAGAUGUGUACCACAGCCUACACACUGUUGUUGCAUUAAAAGCUGAAUAGUGGAAAAAGUGCAGUAAGGUAGAAGAGUAAUGGUGCUAAUAACACGUUGGAACAUGAUGCUUUGUGGACACGCUUGACACCUGUGUACUGUACACUUGUGUUUCCAUUUAAUUAUGUAUGUAUGUUUGUAUGUAUGUAUGUCUGAAAGCAGGGAAAAUUAUGAAAGUAUUUUAAACUCUUGAUACGGGUAUCUCUUCUGAUUCAGCACAGUCUUUCACUUCAGUUUUUGUGACAAAACCAUCCCUGUUAAUUAUUCCUUAUAAAUGUCAUAGCUAAAAAAAUGUAUAUUUUUUAAAAUUGUGACUCUGUUAUAUGAUGUUCGUUAGAAAUAAAUGGAGAAAAAAAAGCUUCAUAGAAUUCAUCCACACUUGUAAUUUAUUCUAAUCAUUUGAGCAAAGCAGUUAUGCAAAACAAAGGAUGUUCAAUAACCUUUGCCAAGCUUCAACAAUGUUGUCGCAGUCACUCGCAGUCAAGCAGUUUGGGGAUUUAAUUUUGCUCUUUUCAUAAGAAUGAAAAAUAGAAUUCAUACACCACUUUCUUUCUGACAUAGUUAUGAAAGUGCAGUGGAUGAUUUCAUCUUGAAGGUGAGUCACUUCACUUUAACACAUAAUUCAUCUGGCUGCUCAACAUACACAUUUUGAUUUUGAAAUGAGAGAGUUUCUGAUUUCCGGUUCUGUUUGUCAUCAGUUUCCCUUCUGUGGUUGCUUUUGGGUUACGCAUCACAAAAAAGCUUAAAAAAGACACACAACAUACCGUAUUAAAAAAUUUUGGUUAAAUCUCCAAAUGUUUGACUAUUGUCCAGAAAAAUAGGACCCAGAUUUAGUAUCAAAUUGAAAAAAAAAAAAACUUUGAAAAACAUGAGUUCCCUUUUGCAAAACUGCUGUGACGAUGUCUUGCAUGACAGUGAAUUAAGAAAUUAAAGAUUUCUCUGGGUGAUGUUUGCUUCCAGCAGGAUAAUUGACUAUCUGACUUUCUGUACCUUGAGCUGCGACAGGACUGUCAGUAUUUUCUUUCAUCCUCACUAAAUUGAAUUUCUGCAGCAGAUCCACUGCAAACACCGGCACCACCUGGGCAGAGCAGAAGGUUAGUGUUUUCCACAAUCAGUUUUACAGCGAGCUCUACUGGUUCACGUAGGUACUGCAAUGUAUUUCGAGUUCAUAGGGUUUGCAUGUUUUCUUUUAAAAAUACAGUACGUAAGAAGCUAACGUCAUUUGGCGGAAAACACUCAGGUGACUUUAAUUUCAGCUCUGAGACCCCCGAUUUAGCCAACUUUCAAAAUUGUCCAAUAUCCAUGUGUGAUACAUCAUUGUAAAGCUUAAAAUCUCAAUUUUCUGGGGGAAGAAAAUUUUUGAGCAGCAGGGCAUUUUUAUUAAAAAAAAAAAAAAAAAAAAAAAAAAAAACUUAAACAGCAAAACCCUGGUGAGAGCACGCGAGAGCAGAAUUACAGACGCCAUGACUUUAACGAGAUAUUAUCGCGUACCUACUUGUUUCGAUCCAAAAACUCCAUGUAGCAUGUAUCACUGAGUGUCAAGACCAGUGUUGUUAAUCUUACUGAAAAAAAGUAAUUAAUUAUAGUUACAAAUUACUUCUCCCAAAAAGUAAUUGCGUUAGUAACUCAAUUACCUGAAUGUAAGAGUAAUUAGUUACUUGGCAAAGUAAUUGGUGAUAAUUACUUUUUUUUCUUUUCCUCAAAAAAAAAAAAAAAAAACAUUGGCCACACUAUGUGAAGUUUUUAGUGAAGGUUUUAGUACAAUUGGCCCGAGCCCAAUUCUUUACCCUAAUGUACCCUUUACCCUGAAUCAACUGUUAAAAGUUGUUAAAAUUGCUCCCAUUAUUGCAUUAGUUCCCUUCUCUCUACUUUCGACAUAUGAAAGUUUUAAAACUGUUUCAUCAUUUAAAGAUAGAUUCAAGUCAAGAUUUUGCCGAUUUAGAAGUAUUUUAGAUAAAAAGUUACUUAGGUUCGCUAGGAAGGUUCUCUACAACAGAGCCGUCCUAAAAAGUCUACUGCUUUAAGAUGGCGGCUGUCUACUAACUCAUUUAGUGCCAUGUCUGUCAUUUUGCAUCUAGUUAUAUCUAUGUACAGUACAUGUGAUAUCUACCAUGUCUACCAUAUCUACCAUAACAUGCGGGCAUAGUUUGUAGGCUAUCGGCUACAACAUGUAUUAUUGGAGCUACCUAGCAUCGCGUUUGCUCGGCGUCACAACUUUCUUGCCUCCUCCCUACUCCUGCUCUGCUCUGUCGUCUCGGUGAGUCCGUCUCCCUCAGACUUUUCGACCAAUAUAGUAACGCAUAGUAACGCAUGCCUUUCCGUCCUCAGUAACGGUAACGGCGUUGCCAAGAUGAGAAAAGUAAUUAAUUAGAUUACCCACUACUGAAAAAAAUAACGCCGUUAGUAACGGGUUAUAUUGUAACGCCGUUAUUAACAACACUGGUCAAGACACAGCUGUGAAUGGCCACAGCUGGAUUUUUUGGGGAUUUUAUGGGUGAAACAUGGUAAUAUAACAAGGGUCGCGAUGCAGAAAUUGCAGACAUUAAGGAGUGGUCGAGAUUUUCUUUUUCAUAUAGUUACCCUUUUAAACGUUUUUUUUUCAACUUUUUUUUUUUGUUUGGAUCAAUUAUCAUCUAACAUAUCGGAGAAAAUGCGACAGUAACAAAAAAAAUACAAUUAAGCGAUAGUUAUGAGGUAGAUAUCCGGGACUUUUUUUUACAGACGCCACUUUUUUCAUUGUGACAUAAUUUGUUUAAAAGAUUAAAAUAUGUGAAUAAUUUUUUAAUUUUUAAAUAUGAGACAUCGAUGAGUUAUUCUAAGCUAAAAACGACACAUUUUGAAUAAUAAAUAUAAUUAAUUACUAGAGAUGAUGCCGAUCGAUCGGGUCCGAUCACGUCAUUUUCAAAGUAUCGGAAUUGGCAAAAAAAUAUCGGCCAUGCCUUUUUUUAAAUU